UGGGUUAGGGUUAGGGUUAGGGGUAGGCUUAGGGUUAGAGGUAGGGUUAGGGUUAGGGUUAGGGUUUGCAUGAGGUAUCCGAUAACAUGUAUAUAGAAUCACAUUGCGUUGAGUAUUAUAUAAAUACACUAUGGACAGAGAAUAUGUUACCGUCUCUCGAUGCAGACACCAGGAUCAAUUCAACACACAGACUCAGCUCUUUUAUCAAAAUGGUCAAAAUUUCUUUUGAUGAUUUCACUUUCCAAUUUGAAAACUUGCAAUAUGCCGAAGGCAGAAACGAGACGUGGCUGUGCCAGAUUGUGAGUGUGAACGGAGGGGAGCCAGAUUUACAGGUGUUCAAAAACGGAUACUCCGGACACGCAGAGGAAACCUGCCUGCGGAAUUCUGCGACUCAAGGUGCUGAUCAAUAUGAGAUCACCUGGUUCAUGAGCUGGAGCCCCUGUGAAAGAUGCACACCUCAAAUAAUCACAUUCGUGGAGCAGCAGCGCAAUGUAAAACUGAAUAUCUUCGUUUCUCGGCUCUUCCGCUAUGAUUCAGAACCUCAUAGGCAGGGAUUAAGAGCACUUUCACAACAAGAAAGAAUUGGCUUAAAAGUGAUGACCCUAAAGGAAUUUCAGGAAUGUUUUGAUCGAUUUGUUGGAGAAGGAAAUGGAUUUCAGGACUGGAAAGACCUGGCUGGGAACUCUGCAAUACAUACUGAGAAGCUGAACGAGAUAACUGGAGCUGAUCCCCGGCUGGUUUUUUGAAACGCCUCCCCUGCGCGCUGCGGCUGCCUGCAUGAAACACCCCGGCCGACUUCCACCGAGAAAGAGCAUCGAAACCAACAGCGCGGCACAACGGCAUGACCCGGACAAGCGGCCAGUCCGCUCUCUGCGCCUCACCUCUUAUUAUAGAGCCCGCACUGCAGCUUCAAUACCGUGCGCUUCAAAGACAGGCUGAGACGCGCCUCUCUCUUAACGUCUCUUAUUCAAUUCAGUGUGAUUCAUAUCUGUCAAUGCAUGGGUGUUCUUCUAUUAGGAGUAUUUUAACAUGUUAUGCGCUUUUAAUCGAUUAUUUCACGCAUCUAAAUCUUUUUUAAAAUCAUUG